CUGUCGUAAAAGAUGGCUCAAUGCAAUCCCUCGUAGUGAUUUAGUGGUUACAAAAUACACUCGAGUAUGUAAUUUGCACUUUGCUGAGGGCAGCAUCAUUUGGGAAUCCACCUUCCAUGACGAAAAGACAGGAUAUAUCAAGAAGAAGAAGCCGAGAUGAGAAAUUGAGGGACAAGGAACAAGAACAACUACUUAAAGCACUGCAAACUAGCAUUGAUGAUUAUUCCUCCUAUCAAAAAUCAACUUGUUUUCAAAAUUAUUCAGACUUUCUCACAGUUUUCAGUUCAUGGCAAUGUCCAUAUGGGUGGCAUAAAAUUGUUCAGGAUAAAGUUACUUUGUUUAAGUUAGAAUAUAAACCAGCACCCAUCAUAACUCACUCUGUAAUUGUUGAUAAAGAUCUCAAUGUAAAAACGUAUAUGUACUCCCAAGAAUUGUUACUCAACUCAGGUAAUAUUAAAACUCCAUUUUGA